AUGUCAUUAAAGAAGUGGCUUAGUAGCGGAAGCAAUUCAUCAACUAAUGAUAAAGAUUCCACAACAAUAGCUCCAAAUUCCAUACUGGCUAAUAAUACACAAAACCAAAGCAAUGGAAAAGAUGAGAAUUCAACAUCUGCUCAAGGUUCAGGCUCUUCAUCAGUAUCAAGUCACAAGGAAAAACAUCAUAAUUGUGGUAACAUCCCUGAAGAAGAUGAACGUGAUGAAGCUAUUAUUUUUGAGGAUGAAAAAAAUAUCAAUCAUCAUCAUAAUUCAAUUCAACAUAAAUCAUCAAGUAUAACUGGAGGUGGAACAAUUUCAACUACAUUACAUCCAGAUUACCCAUUUGGAGAUGGUUCUGAUAAAGUAUUUGGUAUGGAGAAUUUUGGUUAUACAUGUUAUUGUAAUUCUAUUGUUCAAUGUUUAUACUAUACAAAAGCUUUCAGAUUAGAAAUUUUGAAAAAUCCAACUUCAAGAGACUUGAAUUCAAGAAUAAGGAAAUCUUCAAUGCCAGGAAAUAAAGCACAUAUUACUAUCACUAAUGCACAUCAUUUAAAUCCUUCAAAUAAUAAUGGGAACUCAAAUGAAGGGAAAACUGUUAGACAAUCACUGGGUAGAAGAACAUCAAGUUUCUUUGGAAGAAACAAAAAAGAUAGUAUAACUGAUGAUGAAUCAGAGCAAAAUAAUGAUACAAAACAACCAAAUCAGCCACCACAGCAACAAUCACAAGCUCAACAACAAACACAACAAACGCAACAACACAAUGGUCAAACUAUAACUAUACCCAACAUCAAAUCAAAUUCAAAUCAAGUCAUUGUUGGUAAAACUGAUGAUCCAAAUGCUAACUCAGAUGCAAGAAAAAGAGCUGCAUUAUUUAAAGGUCCUAUAUUGAAUGUUGAUCAUUCUUUAGUGGAUUAUGAUAUGAAAGUUUCAUUAUUUACAUCAUUAAAAGAUCUUUUUGAAUCAAUGAUUGAAAAUGAUUCAAAAACUGGGGUUGUUUCACCUUCUUAUCUUAUUGAAACUUUAAAGAAAGAAAAUGAACUAUUUAGAAGUACUAUGCAUCAGGAUGCUCAUGAAUUUCUGAAUUUUUUGUUAAAUGAAGUUAUUGAUACCAUUAAUACAAUACAUAACACUAGAAAAAAUGCAUUACAUGAAUUAUUUGAAGGUUUAUUAACAAAUCAAACCAAAUGUCUUACAUGUGAAAAUGUAUCAAGUCGUGAUGAAACUUUUUUGGAUUUGAGUAUAGAUUUAACAGAUAAUGAAACUUUAGAAACUUGUUUAAAACAAUUUAGUGCAAGUGAAAUGUUGAAUGGUGGUAAUAAAUUUUAUUGUGAUAAUUGUCAUUCAUUACAAGAAGCUGAAAAGAAAAUGGGUCUUAGAAAAUUACCAAAAAUUUUAGCAUUACAUCUUAAAAGAUUUAAAUAUAGUGAAGAACAUCAAAGAAAUGUCAAAUUAUUCCAAAAAAUUAAAUAUCCAUUAUAUUUAAAAUUAGAAAGUGAUAUUCCAGCUGAAAAGCCUGAAGAUGGAUUAAAAUUUUAUCAAUUAUAUGGGGUUGUGGUUCAUAUAGGUGGAGGGCCUCAUCAUGGUCAUUAUGUUGCAUUAGUUAAGACAAUUCAACAUGGUUGGUUAUUAUUUGAUGAUGAAACCGUGGAAAAGAUUGAUGAAAGUUUUGUAUUGAAAUUUACAGGUGAUUCACCAGAUUUAGCUACAGCUUAUGUUUUAUUUUAUCAAGAAAUUUCUGAAGAACAGUAUGAUUCAAAUAUUAAUGGCUCAACAGUCAAAGAAGAAGUUCCAACAAGUUUAGAAAAAGAUGGUGGUAUUGAAGAGAAGAUCAUUAGAGUUGAUUCAAAUAAUACUUCUAUAAAUUCAAGUCAACCAUCUACAGUAUCUUCAGAUAAUCUUAAUAAUAACAAUAAACCACCAGUUAGACCACCACCAACAGUUCUUGAACCUCCACAAGCUGAAAAAUCAAGAUUUAGAACACCAAGUUUAUCAAGUAUUGCACGUCUCAAACCAAAAUCAUCACAAAUGACUGUAAAUAGUCAAACUAAUACCACUUCAUCUUCAUCAUCAUCAAAUAUAACUUCAAAUACAAGUGCUACAACUGCAACUCCACCAUUACAACCUCAACCAACAGCUUCAAGUUCAUCUAUACCACAAAUAUCCAAUGUAUCUACAUUACAACCAAAUUCACCAGUCACUGAACAACCACCACAACCACCAACUAGUUCAGGGUCAACAAGUUCAUUUUGGAAAAGAAGAGAAAAAGAUCCUAAUAAAGUUAAUCCUGUUGAAGAAAAGGAAAAAAAGAAGAAUAGAAUGAGCGUUAAUUUUGGAUUUAGAAAAAAUAGUAAUAAUAAUUCAUAG